GUCAAUAUUGUUAACUGAUCCGUAUAUGGACACUUCAUUAGUGCCAAUAAUGACAUAUCUUCCUACAUGGAGAUAGCUGACGCCCACGGGUAUGGCUGAGGGGCUCGAAGAAUAUCUAUCCAAGUAUCCCCAACUCUUCUAGUCCAAUUACUGUACUAUAUACGAGCCUUGAUUGCCCUCCCCAUCUCCAGUUCGUCCGAGUCUUUCGCUCUCUCGUCGUAUCUGUCCCCCGUCCCCAUCGCUCUACUACAGGAUGAGCAGUCCAGCAGGACCGCCAGUUCCAACAGGGCCCUUCAUCGACCCAUCUAAGGAACCACUACCUCCCAGAGCCGUACUACUGGUAGCCCCCGUAACCACAUUCUUCAUCUUGGCAAUAAUAUGUAUCGGCCUUAGACUGUGGGCGAAGCGCAUAAAGAAGAUCUCGCUUCGGUUCACUGACUAUGCUAUCAUUGCUGCUGCCGUCUUUUCGGCGGGGUAUCUUUCUAUCUGCUGGCUAGUGGUUCAACAAGGCGGCGUUGGCUUCCCGCUUAUACGAGUGGCUCCCCCGCAGCGUACAAUUACACAAAAGUCAUUCGUCGUAGCAUGGCUCCUGCAAGCGUGGGCCAACACUUUCGUGCGGUUAUCUAUCCUCGACUUCAUAGCGCAGGUAUUUUCCGUAAAGAAGUUCCGCAAGGUAGUCUACUUCUUCGAGGGGUGCGCGAUCGCGUACCUAGUCGGCUGCACGAUAACUUUCUUCGCUAUCUGCAGACCCAUUAAGUACAACUGGGAGAUUGGGCCUGCGGUUAUGCAGUACUGCGGCAACUUGAGCAUGAAGUUUCUCCUCAGCUCCGUCUUCAACCUCAUCCUUGACGUGUGCAUACUGGUCCUUCCGAUGCCUAUGCUCUGGACGUUGCAGUUGAACUCACGCAAGAAGAUCGCCUUGACUGUCGUCUUUGGCCUUGGUAUCUUUGUUUGUUUCGCUACUGCAUGGCGUACAUAUAACGUGGUCCACUUCUCCACCCCGGAAGCGAAGUUGAACUUCACCAUGACAGUCGUCGAAGACGCCCUGUGGUCCGGACUCGAGGUCAACCUCGGCAUCAUCAACGCGUGUCUUCCUGUCAUGCCUGCGGCGCUGCAGAGAAUCUUUAAGAUCCCCUUUCUUAGGCUCAUCUCCUUCUCAACAUGGCGCCCCGCCAGCGGCUCUGAAGUCUCAGGUUUAAGGCCGACGUGGAUGCGUCUCGGCAGCACCAAGGGCGACAAGACCGGAAGUAUCUCCCGCAAGGUCGAGUAUUCAGUAGAUGUUGAAGCGAAUCCCAUGGACCACAUCCCGAUGGAGAACAUGGGUUCAACGACGAAGCUGGCCGACAACCAAUGGACAACGUAUAAUUACACUGCUACGAAUCAGUAUCAUCCUAGCGGGAAGCCUCAAGGUCUCCCGGAGCAAUGUGUUCAACAUCGGUAUAGUCAGAGCCAACAUCUACAAAAUCAAUAUCCCCAGGCUCAAUAAAGGGGCAACUUGGAGGUUUAGAUUAUGGGGAUGGCUAACUGGUUGGGGGCGAGCAUUUCAAUCUUAUUGUAUCGUGUUUAUCUCCUGUACAUAUAAACCAAAGCUACCUAUACAGUAGUUUUCACGUUGAUGUUUCACGUUGAUGUCUGCAUUUAAUGAAAUUUUACUUUAUCAUCAAUAUAGAAAUUCUUAGAA